GAGGAGGCGGCACCAGGACCCGGGGGAACCGCGGCGGGCGGGCGACGAGCAGGCCCGGGGGCCGGGAGGCUGCGGGCGGCGGCGCUGGGCCCGGCGCGGCGAGAGAGGCCCCGAGAUGCCGAGCAAGAAGAAGAAGUACAACGCGCGGUUCCCGCCGGCACGCAUCAAGAAGAUAAUGCAGACGGAUGAAGAGAUUGGGAAGGUGGCGGCAGCUGUGCCUGUCAUCAUCUCUCGGGCACUCGAGCUUUUCCUGGAGUCACUGCUGAAGAAGGCCUGCCAAGUGACCCAAUCUAGAAAUGCCAAGACCAUGACCACAUCCCACCUGAAGCAGUGCAUUGAGCUGGAGCAGCAGUUUGACUUCUUAAAGGAUCUGGUGGCAUCUGUGCCUGACAUGCAGGGAGAUGGGGAAGACAACCACAUGGACGGGGACAAGGGUCCUCGCAGGGGCCGGAAGCCAGGCGGCGGCAGCCGGAAGAACGGUGGCAUGGGAAGCAAAGGCAAGGACAAGAAGCUGUCGGGGACAGACUCGGAGCAGGAGGAUGAGUCUGAGGAUACAGAUACUGAUGGGGAAGAGGAAACAUCACAGGCCCCACCCCAGGCCAGCCAGCCCCCUGCCCACUUUCAGAGCCCCCCGACACCCUUCACGCCCUUCACCUCGACUCUGCCUCUGCCCCCAGCGCCCCAGGGCCCCGCAGCACCUGACGCAGAGGACGAAGAAGAUUAUGACUCCUAGCGCCCUCUGCCCCCCAGGCCACACCCCCUUUUAGCUGCUCUGGGGGGAAGAGGGUAGAGCUGUUCUUAAAUUUAUUAAAAAAAUAAUAAAAGGGAAUUCCAGUA